AAAAAGACAGCAGACGAAAGUUAAAAAUACCCAACAGAAUACUAGUUUCGAUAAAAUGAUGUUAAUGAUGAUUCUUCAUUAGUAACGAACUAACCCGAACUGGCGAACUGGUCGUUCAAUGAAUACACAUACGCGCACGCGCACACAUACAUAUACACACCGACACACACUGGCGCACAGACACACUCACGCACGCUCAUGCAAACACACGGAGACAGACACACGCACACACGCACACACGCACAAACACAGACACACACACACACAUACACACACACAUAUUUAUGCAUAAAAUAAGCUCAUGCUACACUCUAAUCUUUCUGUCUGUGUCACACUAUCAUAGACACACAUCAUCGCAGCUAGAUGCACUGAUACACGAUUUAAACGCACCUUGUGAAAAGCAAUGAAGGAAAAUAUGGAUAUGACAGCCGGUGGUGAAUUGAAUGGAAUCCAGCCAAGCCAAACUGGCAACGUAACAAAUCCUCCAAAUGAUGGUUUGGUCAAAACUCACAACACAAUGGUGAGCAUUCAGCCAGAACGAGGUAAUCAGGCGGGCGCUGGAUGUUACGUCACUAGGCUACAGGUCGGUUUGUUUCUAUUCCUGAUCCUACUGACAACUAUUUUCAUUGCUCUUAUAGCUGCUUUCGUUGGAAGAAACACGCGCUGCGAUUGCCAAAAUUCUCAACAGAAUGCUUCUAUUAACAGAGACAAUAAGAAUAGUCUGGAAAAAACGAUAGCUGGAGAAUUUGGCAAGAAUGAAUCAGGCGUAUCUUUAAAGCCAGGUCGCGGACGAGGAAAUAAAUUAUGGAACAGACUACGUUUACCGAGAAGCUUGAUCCCUUCUCACUACUCUCUUGAAUUAAAGAUUGAUAUGGAUGCGUUUAUAUUCACUGGUAAAGUAAAUAUCACAGUUCACGUCGAUCAGCCGACACACUAUGUAAUAUUCCACACAAAAGAACUCGAUGUUGACAAAAAAGCUGUUUCUGUUCACCUAAAUGGUAAUAUUUCCGAUACUGUUCCCAUCGGUAAACAGUUCUACGUCAAAGACAAUAAAUAUCAAGUCUUGGAUUUGAACCAGGCCUUAAAAGAAGGAAAAGAUUAUGUAAUAAGCAUCGGUAAUUUUUGGGGUAAAAUAGCCCCUGACUUGAAAGGCCUUUAUAAGGGAUCCUAUGUAACAAAAAGUGGUGAAAUAAGGCAUUUGGCUUCAUCUCAACUACAAGCAGCUGACGCAAGAAAGGUAUUUCCCUGUUUCGACGAACCUGAUUUAAAAGCCCGAUUUACAGUCAGUAUUAUAUACCCUACAGGGUAUGUAGCUCUUAGUAACAUGCCGAUUGUCAACCAAACGAAACUAUCGGAUAAGUGGAUGCGAAACCAGUACGCCACAUCGCCGAUUAUGUCUUCCUAUCUACUUGCGUUUGUUGUUGCAGACUUCGACUAUAGGGAGAAAAUCUUAAAAAAUAACUACACUUUAAGAAUGUGGGCCCAGCGAGAGAAGAUAAACCAGACGAAUUAUGCCUUGAAGUUCGCAGAACGAUGUUAUGCAUUUUUCACAGAAUAUUUCAAUAUAUCUGAUAUUCUCAACAAAUCAGAUCAUGUGGCUGUGCCUGAGUUCAAUGCAGGAGCAAUGGAAAAUUGGGGGUUGGUUAUCUACCGAGAAACAGCCUUACUUUAUGAUCCAGAUGUGUCAUCAAGUUCGAAUAAAUAUAUGGUCACGUUAAUCGUGGCUCACGAAAUCGCUCAUACGUGGUUUGGAAACAUGGCGACCAUGAGAUGGUGGGACGAUCUUUGGCUUAACGAAGGGUUUGCCAGUAUCCUAAUGUAUUUCGGAAUGAAUCACGUACACCCAGACUGGGAUGUGUUUUCUAUUCUCGUUGUAGACGAGAUUUUACCAGUGAUGGUUUUAGAUGCACUCCUUACUUCGCACGCAGUUUCUUCUCGUAUAGAGAAUACGGACCAAAUCAUCCAGUAUUUCGAUAACAUUUCCUACAACAAGGGAAUGGCAAUAUUACGGAUGUUGAAAGGUUUUCUCGGCUGGGAAGCCUUCAGACGAUCGUUGCAGAACUUCAUUUUAAAAUACAAAUUCGCCAAUGCCCACGUGGAUGAACUCUGGCAGACUUUCACAGAGACAGUGAACGGAACAUAUCAAAUUAAGAAGAUAAUGGAUACGUGGACGCGCCAGAUGGGAUAUCCCGUGGUUAACAUCAAAGCUGACGGCAAAGACCAUUAUAUCAUCGAACAGAAACGUUUCCUUUUGCAACCCGGUGAUAAAUUCAACGUUUCCGAAUCACCCUACAAGUACAUGUGGCAUAUACCGUUCGUUUACAGCUUUAUGUCCAAACCAUCUGAAACUGAACUCCACUGGUUAAGUAACUCCUCGGAUAGAAUUAAAGCUACUGGAAGUGGCUGGAUCUUGGGAAAUGUUGAUCACAUUGGUUUUUAUCGAGUCAAUUAUGAAGUGAGUAUGUGGAAACAACUAACCGAACAGCUUCAUAAAGACCACACGGUGUUUGUAGCUUCAAGUCGCGCAGGACUUAUCGGAGAUGCUCUCAACUUAGCUCGGGCUGGCCAGUUAGAUUACCAUAUUGCACUGAAUAUAACAACUUAUCUAAAGAAAGAAAGUGAUUUCGUCCCUUGGAAAGCAUUUCUGGAUGGGCUGGAAUUUGUCAAUGCAAUGUUGGAUACCAGUGAUUCCUACGGCAACUUCCAGAAAUAUUUAACUGACAUGGUUACCCCAGUUUUUAAGAAAAUAAAAUUAAAUGGAAAAGGAAGUUUGCCCCAGAGAUAUAUGCGAAGGUUGAUAUUAAAUGCUGCUUGCAAUCUAGAAAUCCCAGAAGCAGUGGAAUAUGCCACCAAGAUGUUCAAAGACUGGAUGGAUACUGGACGACAGUUGCCUUCGGAUUUGGCUACUAUCAUUUACACCGUCGGUAUAAGACAAGGUAAUGCCCGCGAAUGGGAUUUCACAUGGAACCAAACUCGCCACACAAAUGUGGCCGCUGAAAAGCACAUGUUAUUAGAAGCUUUGGCACAAACAGAGGUACCGUGGUUAUUCUGGAGAUAUAUCAAUUGGGUCUUUGAGAGCAGCAAAGUAAGACAACAAGAUGUCCGUCUUAUUUUUAAUUACUUCACCAAAAACAGUCUCGGAAGAAUCAUAACACUUCAAUUCAUUCUAAGCAAAUGGCAACAGAUUCUAUCAUCCCCAUUCAUGGAAUCAUUCUCCUCAAAAGACAUCAUUUCCAGUGUAACUACAUACGUCAACAACCAGUAUCAGAUGGAACAGUUGACAGAGUUGUUCCACAAAAGUCCAGCAAUGGAUGCUAAAAUUACUGUAAACAAUGCUCUUGAAAUCAUGAGGUCUAACGUCAACUGGAUGAAGAACAACAAAGAUACCAUUGACAAGUGGUUGCGUGAAUAUGUUAAGAACUUGCCAACAACUUGAUCUGUAACGAGCCAUGUGGCACAGUUAUUUCAAAGCAAUUGGCCGCUGAAGAAACUUAUCAAAAUAAAUUAAGGCCACAUGACACAAGCAACUUGCCAGAAGCUGCCAGGGACCAGCUUAAUUAUAUUGUCUGCAAUAUUUAUUUAAGCAAAAAUAUUUAUUGGACUUAAAGAGAAUUAUAAG